AUGAAGGACGAGGGCAGCGUCCCUCGCCGGCCUGUCGAGCGUCGUCAGAAUGUUGUUCGGUCCCUGACGCUUGCCCUGGCCGGUCUGGCUGCCACUUUCUGGUGGUUCCAGCCGCACCGGGUCGAGAUAAACGCUGGCAGUGAGACGCCAGUCCACCCAGUGUCUGGCUUCACCUGGGGUCAGAUUACGCCCUCCGAGAGCCUGGAAUACCAUGACUGCUUCGACGGCUUCCAGUGCGCCCGUCUGCUGGUCCCCAUGGACUACCACCGCAGCGACGGUAAGGGCCGCCAGUUUGCCCUCGCCAUUACACGUCUGCCGGCAAAGGUACCAGUCACCGAUCCUCGCUAUGGUGGCCCGAUCCUGGUCAACCCUGGGGGCCCAGGGGGGUCGGGAGUGACCCAGGUACGUGUCUCGGGACACAACCUGCAGGCCAUUGCGGACGCUGAGAGCGAGCCCAGGUUGGGGUCCGAAUGGGACGACGGGGGCGAUAAGUAUUUCGAUAUCAUCGGCUUUGACCCGCGCGCCGUCGGAAACACCACCCCCGGGUUCAGCUGCUUCCCGGACACGUUCUCGCUGCACAACUGGCGACUGCAGACCCAGGCCGACGGUAUGCUGGGGAGCUCCCCGGACUCGCUGAUGCGUAACUGGCAGCGCGUCACCGCGCUGACCGACAGCUGCUCCGACCGUAUCCUGGCCGCCGAGGAAGGCGAAGACGCCCUCGGCGAGCACGUCAAUACACCCCCCGUCGCCCGCGAUAUGCUCGAGAUCGUCGAACGCCACGCCGAGUGGCGCGAGCAGCGAGGUUUAGCUGCCCAACGCAUCCUGGAUAGCCAGCACGGGUACGACGAGGAGCAGGCGAUCGUUGCCCGAACGCGCUGGAACCGUGGCCGCGAGACUCUGCUCUACUGGGGUCGCUCCUACGGCACCGUGAUCGGCGCCACCUUUGCGUCGCUGUAUCCGGACCGCGUCGCGCGAGCCGUGCUCGACGGGGUCGUCGACUCCAAUCUAUACUACCACAACGACGGCCAGGGUGACGGAAAGAGCAACGUGCUCGACGCCGACGCCAUCUUCCGCCGUUUCGCCUACUACUGCGACUCCAUCGGCCCGGACGCCUGUCCCUUCUACCAACCUGGGGGACCCGCGGCCAUCGAGGCUGCCUACUGGGCUCUCGAGGCCAGGCUGCUCGCCGACUCGCUGCCCGUCCACGCCUCGGCCACCCGCGGUCCAGAGGUCAUCACCUGGACCGACCUCAAGAUCAUCGUGCGCAUCGCCAUGUACCAGCCGCUGCGAGUGUUCCCCCUGCUGGCCCGCAUCCUGGGCGAGCUGGCCGUGGGUAACGGCUCCUCCCUCGCCGAGUUCAAGCAGCAGCGCCAUGGCGUGCCCUCCUGCCUGUCCGACGAGUGCCGUCGCAUGGGACCCUGGUCCUCCGCCUGCCUCGUCCCGGAGUUGAGCGAGGACUUUUCCACCCAGGCUAUCCUCUGCACCGACGCCGCCCACCUCGGCCAGAUCGACCGCCAGGGCUUUCUCCACCACUGGCACAAUCUGACGCGCGACUCUAAGAUCGUCGGCGACUACUGGUCGCAUACCCGGCUGGAUUGCGUGGGCUGGAAAGCCAAAGCCAAGUGGAGUUUUGAGGGCCCCCCCAUUGGUGAAACAGCCCACCCUCUCCUUUUUGUCAGCAAUACCCUUGACCCCGUCACUCCGUUAACAAGUGCUCGACGAAUGUCCGAGGGCUUUCCAGGCUCGGUUGUCCUCGAGCAAGAUUCAGAGGGGCACACCACCCUCGCCGCCCCCUCGCUGUGUAUCGCCAAAGCGAUACGCACCUAUUUUCAGACGGGUGAAUUGCCGGAUCCAGACACGCUGUGCGUUGCGGAUCUGAAACCAUUGCUGGGGGCCCCGACGCACUCUGCUGAUACCAUGAGUGUCGAGGAUCGGAAACUAUUUGAUAUUCUGCUAGACGAGGUUCACAAAUCCAGUUUUUUUGUAUAAACAUUUGAGUGAAGCCUGCACAAAGCCUGCACAAAGCCUACAACAUCUAAUAAUCAUUCUUGAAUUCAAUGCUAG